AUGGAGAGCUCUGAGGCCAAGCAUGAUCACCAAGGCGCUGUACUCUCUGUGGACUCCUGCUCUGCCCUGCUCCUCUUUCUCAGCUGUGGAGCUGACUCCCUGAUCAAGCUGUGGGAUGAACAGCGCUCCCUGUUGGCUGAGGUGCAGCUGGACUACUCUUUGAGCUGUGCCUGUUUCCUCAACCCCCUGGGAGACCUGCUGGUAGGCUUCAGACUCAACCUCUUCAGACUGUCCCACCACCACCUGCUUCCCUCCGCCCUCAACAAGUCCUCCACCUCGCAGGCCUCGCUCACAGAAUCAUACAUCUAUGAGAAUCCCUGCUUGACCUUUGAUAAUAAGAAGUUCAGGAAGGAGAUGGAUCCCAUUGACAUGGAAAAUUACAUUGAGCCUUACCUGGGGGUUGACUUCACUAGCCAGUUCACUCUUCAGCCACUAGAGGGCCCAUAUUUCUCUGAGGAGCAUGAACAGGAGUCCAGCGUGGAUGAGAUGAUGCCAGCUCCCUCCCUGACAUACCAGUCCCUGCCCAGUCCCAUCUCCUCUCGGUCUGCCCUAUCAUUCAGAACCCUGCUCCUCACACCUGGACAGUCCACCACUGACCUCAUACAGAUCCUGGCACAAGAUCAGUUAUUGAGGCAGCAGUCUCCCCAACCUGCUGAGUCCACCCAAGAGUUGGUCCAAUCAGAGGAAACCGAAUCCUGGGAGGUCCAAUCAGACAUACUAGAGACGGCUGCUGCAUGGAGCGUCCAAUCAGACCGCAUUACAAUAGAGUGUCCAGACUCUCCGAAAGAGGAACACCCUUCCACAUUUCUUAAACCAUCAGUCACAAUAUCCCCACCACCAGUUUCAGUGGAGAACGUUGUGCCGAUAUUUGUGCCAACCAGCAUCGUGAAGGAGCCGUCUGCCUCACGCUUCGCCAACAUUUGCAUCACCAUCCCCGACAUCCACAGACCCACCGUGAAGAUAGCUGUUCCCAGACCACCGCCUCUUCCUGUUACAGCUCCCCCAGCUGCAGAGGUCAGACGGCAGCAGUGCCCUGAGUCACAGGCUCCCCCUCCCCUCCCCACAGAGGCCACAAAAGCUCCCCCUACACAGGUUCCUCGGAAAGCUAGGCAGCCUGUGGUCUCCCGCCUCCAUACCUCACCAGGGACAGUCAGAGGGAGCCAGACUGCUGUUGUCUCUAAGAGCAGGCCCAGAGAGAGCACAUCUGACCUGAGACAGCCCUCUCAGGGGCCUCAGAGGAGAGCAAGCUCUUAUAGGCCACCUGCAGCCAAAGGUCAAAAGGUCAAGCAGAAGGAGAGUGAGGAUAGGACUCCCAAAAAGACAACCUCUGCAUCUAGGAGAGAGUCCAGCCACACCCCCAGCUCUGUACCUGACAGAAGACCCAGCACUCUGCCCAUUAGAUUAGCCAGCCCUGUGGCUGACCCACCCCCCAGCCACACCCUUACCUCAGGCAGGAGUAUCAGGUUCCCGAGUCCCUCCGAAGGCCCAGAUAUGACCAUAGUGGAUGUGUCUUUACUCCCAUCAAUCACACAACAUCAGAUGUCCUCUACUUUAGUGAAGGUCAACACAGAUAAGAGAUCUGCCAAAGACCGAGCCAAGAAAGGCAGGAGGACACGGAGGCACUCUGCUUUACGUCAGUUGGGGAACAGUGUUGAGAGCUGGAUAGAGAAGGAGCUCCUGAGACAUGAGUACCUGCAGAAGGUGCAAAGAGAGAGAACCCAGCGGGCCCAUGAGAGUAGAGGGGACCUGGAGCUCCAGCGCCUCCAGCAGUGGGUCAACCAGGCCCACCACACCCGCUGUUGGAGUGCCCACCCUGGGGGCUACGAGAGGCAUAUAUUUGACGCUCUAGGAUCUAGGCAAUGUGAGCAGGGUAGGUACCUGAGGACAUGCCCCACCAUCCAGCUCCAUAAUGGGGGUACCCCCCCCAGUCACCUGCCUCCCCCCAGUCACGCUGCAUCUCCACCCCUGGUCUCACCCUGCCACCCCACAGCCAAAACCCUGCAUCAGGCCUGGGACUCCAAGGAAGAUCAGCCUUACAGGCUCCCGAUGUCUCAUUUCUCUCUGUCGCGGACCAUGGAGCACAAGCCUGUGACUAGGGAGGAUCUAUGGGAGGUGGACAGAAAGGCAGGCAUUCUCCUGCUCCAGAGACCCAACUCUGGAAAUUCUAUCCCCAGCAAAGGACGCUACACCAUGGCCAAGGCCCUCCCUAUACUUGUCAAGCAUCCCAACUCACAACUUGAAGAAAGGCUACUGAGGGACUGCUUCCCUAAACACUACCGUGCUCUAUUGGUCAAAUCUACUUCCCCCACACUCCUACUGUGAAGACGCUGCACAAUAUAAGCCUAACCUACCUCACCUACA